AUGCCAGCGGUGAACACCAGAUUGACCAGCCUUCUGGGAAUACGAGCCCCGGUCGUGUCUGCGGCCAUGGCCUAUGGCUCUUCUCCCAAGCUCGCCUUAGAAGUAUCCCGCGGUGGAGGCUUCGGUUUCUACGGCGUAGGUGCAGCGACACCUAACAAGCUGCGCGAGGACCUCUUGCAGGCACGCGCCAGCGUCUCCGACCUGGGUAACAAGCCGCUCCCCAUCGGAUGUGGCUUCAUAGGCUGGAUCUUGGACUCCCAGGAGGAGGAGUACAAGAAACUCGUGGACACCGCAAUCGAAAGCGGCGUCCGCGCAAUCUGGGUCUCCUUCGGCAACGACCUUCCACGCUGGAUCAACUACAUCCGCGGCUCACCGGCAUAUGCCGUCCACAAACCACUCAUUUUUGCACAAGUUACGUCGCUGGAAGAGGCGAUCAAGGCCGUGAACGAUUGGAAAGUCGAUGUGCUCGUUGUCCAAGGUAACGAGUCUGGCGGCCAUGGGGGCGCCGCCGCGCCUAGCACGAUGGUACUACUGUCAGAAGUCCUCGCUGCCCUCCCCAAGGAGAGCGCCCCUCCUGUCCUCGCCGCAGGCGGAAUCGCCAACGGCACCCAGGCCGCCGCAUACCUCACCGCUGGUGCCUCCGGCGCCGUCCUCGGCACGCGUUUCCUACUCACCCCCGAGAGCCCGUACUCCGAUGCGCAGAAGAGCGUCCUCUUGGGCGCAAACUCGCUCCAGACGGUGCGCUCGCUCGCCUUCGACGACGCGCGUGGCACGAACAGCUGGCCCGCGGGCGUAGACGGGCGCGGGAUCCGCAACAAGAUUGUCGGGGACGCCGAGGCUGGGGCGGACGCCCAGACGCUGCAGGAGCGGUUCCGCGCCGCUGCGCAGGCUGGCGAUCCUGAGUACCUCCUCGUGUGGUCUGGGCAGGGCGUCUCGCUCGUGAACGACAUCAAGCCGGCAAAGGAUAUCGUGGAGGAGUUGCAUGCAGACAUCGUUCAAGCCCUCCAACGCGCCCAGCGGCUUCUGGGAUGA